CGAAAUUUGUAAAUUGUACACCUAUUUUUACUUUUUUUUUAAAAAAAAAAACUCUUAAAAUACUUUUUCCUUAUCCUUCUUCAUCAAUCCCAAUAAGGAUAGUGUUAGUGUAUAAAUAUCCAAUAAUCGAUCAUUUCUUUACAAAUACUCAAUUGAGUCGGUGUAAAUCUGUGCAAUUUGGGAGACCCUUUUUCGUUUGUUCUUAUAAUUUUUUUGCGAAAGAAAUCAGAAAACAGAGGAAGAUGGAAAGAGCAAUUGAAAGGCAAAGAGUUGUUCUUCAGCACCUCAAGCCCUCACUCACUUCUUCUUCCCUUGAGAAUAUCGAUUCCGCAAUUUCUGUAAGUUACCUGACUUUCGAUUUCGUUUUUUUUUUCCCCAGCUGAUUCGAGAAUCCCGGAAUUCGUUGUGUUUGGUUUCUUCUUGGGUUAGGGAUUAAAUCAUCGUUUUUAAUAGAUAUUUUCCUUUUUUCUGAUUUUGAGCUGAAAUUACAUGGUGGAUUGAAUGAUUGAAUGAUGAGAUGUGUUCGUAUUUGGUGAUCGGAGUGUUGGUUUAGAUGUGGAAAUAUUGGUUGGAAGAUUGCUUACUGUGCGUGAUGCUUCAAUAAAGUUUUUGAUUCUUGAAAAAGUGUAUCUCUGGUAAAUCAAUUUCUGGUUAUUGAUCGUCCACGACGAUACUAUCAACGGUUUGGAGUAAUAAAAUCAAAGAUUUAAAAUCUACUUUCAUGUUUCCUUUUUAGUGUUAGGUGGCGGAAUGCUAAAGAUUUUCCGGAUAGUUGGGCGCUUAGAAAUGGCAAUUAAAAGUUAUCACGUGUGUGGGCUUGGUUCCUUUUCCCAUUUUUAGUUAUCUCUUCAAUAAGUACUGUUCUUGUCCUGGAUUCCAUCUUAAAUUUUAACUGUUUUAGUAGGAUUGGUUAGGAUUGGCCUUUGAGGGAGAUUUCAAUGAUAUGUGUGACUGAGUUGACAAGUCCUUUUCCCUCUCUGUCCAUGGUUAUGUGGGGAUCUAAAUCUUUCAUGUGAUGGGUGAGGCAGUAUAUAAGUAUAUGUAAAACUAUGAUUUAAUCAGCAUAUGAAGAUGUUUAGAUUUAAAUGUGAUGCAGUGUAGUGAUUAACCUUUUCCAAUCAGGCUUCCGUUUGUGCCGCGGGUGAUAGUGCUGCAUAUCACAGGUCAUCGGUUUACGGGGAUGAUGUGGUCAUAGUAGCUGCAUACCGAACUGCACUCUGCAAAUCCAAAAGGGGGGGCUUUAAAGACACAUAUCCUGAUGAUCUACUUGCACCAGUUUUGAGGGCUGUGGUGGAAAAAACAAAAUUGAACCCAAGUGAGGUGGGAGACAUUGUUGUGGGAACAGUCCUGGCACCUGGUUCUCAAAGAGCCAGUGAAUGUAGGAUGGCUGCAUUUUAUGCUGGUUUUCCUGAAACUGUGCCUGUUAGAACAGUGAACAGGCAAUGUUCAUCUGGCCUUCAAGCAGUAGCUGAUGUUGCUGCAGCAAUCAAAGCUGGUUUUUAUGACAUUGGAAUUGGUGCUGGAUUGGAGUCGAUGACCACAAACCCAAUGGCCUGGGAUGGCUCAAUCAAUCCAAGAGUGAAAACAAUGGCAGAAGCGCAGAAUUGCCUUCUCCCAAUGGGUGUUACUUCAGAAAAUGUCGCACAUCGUUUUAAUGUGACAAGACAAGAGCAAGAUCAAGCUGCGGUUGAGUCACACAGGAAGGCUGCAGCUGCCACUGCUGCUGGAAAAUUUAUUGAUGAAAUAGUACCCAUUAAAACAAAGAUUGUUGACCCAAAAACUGGAGAUGAGAAACCUGUCACAAUCUCAGUAGAUGAUGGUAUCCGGCCUAGCACAACAGUGGCGGACCUUGGUAAACUGAAGCCUGUGUUUAAAAAAGAUGGUACCACCACUGCAGGUAAUUCUAGCCAAGUGAGUGAUGGGGCUGGAGCUGUCCUCCUCAUGAAGAGAAGUGUUGCCAUGCAGAAAGGGCUUCCAAUUCUUGGUGUUUUUAGGACUUUUGCUGCUGUGGGUGUAGAUCCUGCAAUAAUGGGGGUUGGUCCCGCUGUUGCAAUUCCUGCAGCUGUUAACUCUGCUGGACUUCAACUUGAGGACAUUGAUCUUUUUGAGAUCAACGAGGCUUUUGCAUCGCAGUUUGUAUACUGCCGCAAGAAGCUUGGACUUGAUCCAGAAAAGAUUAAUGUAAAUGGAGGUGCAAUGGCCAUUGGACAUCCUUUGGGUGCAACAGGAGCUCGUUGUGUUGCCACGUUGUUGCAUGAAAUGAAGCGUCGUGGAAAGGAUUGUCGCUUUGGGGUAGUAUCCAUGUGUAUAGGCACGGGAAUGGGGGCUGCUGCUGUUUUUGAAAGAGGCGAUUCCUGUGAUGAGCUAUGCAAUGCCCGGAAAAUAGAAACCAACAAUCAAUUGUCCAAGGAUGCUCUAUAAACUGCAGUGCAGCAUUUCUUGUUAUAAAGGCUUAAUAAGAAUACAGAGGUGUUCAUGUUCCAAUAAAACAUAAGUUUGAGAUUUUAUUUUUACUUGUGAGAAUCAUUACAGUUCAAAAUUUGGUCUGUAUACCAGUUGGCCUGCAGAAUAUUCAAAACUGUUGAUUGAUCUUACUUCUGCAGCUAUUAGUAGCAUACAAUCUGUUCGUAAGUCGGAUAUUAUCCGGGGCCAUAGUAGUUUUCGUGUUUCUGUUCGGAGCAUUUCAGAAUAUUGCUGCAAAAAUAUAGAGGCAACUAGGAAUACUUAACGGUGAAAGCUAAAGGCAUAUUAGAGCUAUAUUAGGGGAUUAAUUUAUAAGGCAGGGUGAUUCUUUUCACCGUACUUUGUCUCGUUUAAUCUGUUCUGGAGCUUUUUUCUAACUUCAUUAAGUUUGAGUGGUACGAAAUAAGCGAACAAGGUGAAAAUCACUGGCCUGUUUUUUCUCUGAUGUGUAAAACUUGAUGUGGAAGUGUCUCCGAUGAUGCCAUAAUGAGAAAAGUUUUGGCCUGCUGCUUCUUGGGGAGAGCAAAAAAGGAGAUGCAGCAGCAGUUGGGCUCAUGGAAGAAAGUUGCAAUGGUUCUGAGUGAGAUUGUAAAAUUGGAGAGACCACGGGUUAAUCCGACUUGGACCAGCGAGUAGAAAGGUGGUGGUUCCAAAAAUUGGGUUAAUUUCCUUCAGUUAGGGCUUCCUUUUCUACGUGUUUGGAAUGGAUUCACUGGAUUUUCUUUAAAUUGGAUUAAUCCGAUUUUGUACGUUUGAUUUUGAACCAAACACAUUAGGUUACUUAACUCUGGUUUCUCCAUUUUGCUGAUAUCAAUUUAUACAACUUAGUUGGAGGAAGAACUCAGAGAGACCGGUUGAUUUUUCCACAACGUCCGGCACCCUUUGAAUAAUGUUCUUUUAACCUCCCUUUCCCUUGAUCCAUUCCAGUAUUCUACCGAUCCCACAAUCAAGUUUUAGCCUUUUAGGUACUUGUUUGUUCCAUAGAGUAGUUAUAAUUAAUGGUUCUGUUACACUUCCGUCUCAUAAAUCCUCAUUGAGACCAUUGCAAUCACCUUGGAAAUGCCAAAAACAUCAAGGAG